GAAGCAAAAGAUAGGGAGCCCUAAGACUAAGACUACUGUACCCAUUUGCUUCCAGCUCUCCAUUCCUCUCUCGAUGUCCCGACGCGAUUCUGAUUCCAGACGACACCGUUCCAAGUUCGACAGGGAACCCAGUCCCAAGAGGUCUAGGAGGGAUGAGAAAGGCAGGGUCCUUGAAAAGAGUAAUGUGGGGGGUGCAAAGAAGACUUACCAGGAUGUCCUGGAACAAAAGCAGCAGCACAGGCUUCAAGAUGCAUUGCCACUCGAGUCCCCAUUACGAUCCAAUGCCAAGGUGGAAAGUGGGGCUCCCAGGAAGGAGUCAGAUGCGAAACCCAGUGGACAUCAAGCACUAACCAAAAACUCUUCUGAUCCAAAUGAAGUUCCCUGGUCUCGAUCAUAUUUUCAGCAGCAUCAUGAGCGUGGUGGUGCCGGGCAAGCUGUUUGAAGCUCUGGUUGUAGUUUGACUUCUGGUAAGUUUUGUUAUCUAAUAAUCCAUAUCAUUUUACUUUUAGAACCAUAUUUUCCUUUUAUGGUUCUGUUACUUUUCCUCAUGAUCUAUAAGGUCAGGAUCCAGGUAACUCAGGGAAAUAAAACUCCUCUGAGAAGGGCCAAGGUAUCCAUCAAACAAACCAAGUCAAACUUCCCAUUUGGAUGUGCCAUGAACCGUUUUAUCCUCACAAACUCUGCUUAUCAGAACUGGUUUACAUCUAGAUUUAAAUUUAAGACUUUCAGCAACAACAUGAAGUGGUAUAACACUGAGGUAGUACAAGGCUGAGAAGACUAUAAUACCGUGGAUGCCAUGGUGAAAUUUGCUAAACAGAAUGGCGUUUCUAUCAGAGGUCACAAUAUCAUCUGGGAAGAUCCAAGCAUGCAGCCUCUCUGGCUUAAAACUCUUACCUCCAAGGACAUUAAAAAAGCAGCAGAGAGGAGAAUCAAUUCCGUGGUUAACAGAUAUAAAGGACAACUGAUUGCUUGGGAUGCAGUCAAUGAGAAUCUCCAUUUCAGAUUCUUCGAGGAUAAACUUGGGGAAUUAAACUGCUUCUGCAUCAUUAUUUUCCUCUGAAAACAACUUGACCCUGACACUACUAUGUUCAUGAAUGAGUACAACACCAUCGAAUAUAGUGGGGAUUGGAUGAGCAAGCAAGUCCAGUCAACUACAAGAAAAAACUUCAAAGAGAUGUUAGCAUAUCCCCGAAAUGCUAACCUGAAAGCCGGAAUAGGUCUGCAAAGUCACUUUGCUACUGGUCAGCCAAACCUUGCUUACAUGAGAUCAGGUUUAGACUUUCUAGGUGCAACAGGAUUUCCAAUAUGGCUUACAGAAUUAGGUGUUGGAAUAAAUGCAAAUCUGCCUCAGUAUUUGGAACAAGUACUAAGGGAAGGUAUUUCUCAUCCGGCGGUCCAAGGGAUCAUAAUGUUUGCCGGUCCGGUGAUAGGUGGUGGGUAUAAUGAGACAACCAUUGCUGAUAACAACUUCAAGAACACUCCAUCAGGAGAGGUUGUGGAUAAGCUGCUCAAAGAGUGGAAAUCUGAAACUCAAGAAAUCACAACCGAUGAUCAAGGGUUCAUAGAUGUUUCCUUGUUUCAUGGGGAGUAUGAAGUUACUGCAAAACACAAUGUCACCAAUGCCUUUGCCAUCAUACAUAUAGUACCCAUCUGCUGGAUCUGUAUGUUAUUGGGUAACACUUACGCUAUGACAAGAGGAGGGGAUGCAAAAUCAAAGAUAUUUCUUCUCAGAGCAAAAACACAACAGACAGCGUCUCAUUACAACCAUUGACCAAGGAAGAAUGGAGAUCUCACCAAGACAAGAGCAUCGAGGAGGUAAACCUGAUGCAAGACUUCUAAAUCAGAAUUUCAUAAUGUAUGCACAUAACUCAAGAUUGUGAAUACCAAAUUAUUCUAACACC